AGAUAAAAUAACCAUUGAUUUUUGUUGGCGAAACAGGCCUCUGUAGGACUGGUAAUAUGUCCUCGUUGGGCCCUAGGGCUGAUUGGCUCAGAGGAUAUCGAUGUGAAUUCCCCAACCCUCCCAACAUUUAAAACAGAGGACCUGUUCACAUGUGGCGGGUGAAUGGAUGUUUAAUGGCUAUCUGCGGGUGGAGAGAGCCGGUCCUUCUCACUUCAGGUGAGCAGCCAGGGAUAUCCACUCGGCUUCACAAGGCAUGACCUGACGUAAAGACUAAAAGAGGACUCUCUACACGGUAAAAAUGGAUUCCAUGUGGGUAACAUCCGCUGUACUGACAUGGAUCCUCAUGACUGCAUCUGCGGACUCUAACUCUGGGGAAGUUAUCACCACCAAAUACGGGUCUUUCCGGGGCAGACAAGUCCCGCCACCCAAAGACAGGAUGCGUGCAGUGAACAAGUAUCUGGGGAUUCCGUACGCAAAACCACCGGUUGGUAACCUGCGAUUCAGACCGCCACAGGAACCAGAAGCUUGGGACAAGGGUAAGGUGAGAGACUUCACCAAGUUUGGUCCCGCCUGUCCGCAGAUUGUGGCAUCAGGAGACACCGACCUGCCGUCAGCAGUCCAGACCAGGGAAGCCAUGCGGCCGUUCCUGCAGACCAUGGACGAAGAUUGUCUGUACCUGAACAUCUACAGUCCUGUUAUCAACGGUCCUGCUCUUGAUGAGAGGUACCCGUUAGCCGUGCUGGUGUUCAUCCACGGCGGGGGCUACACAACCGGAACCGGAAAUGCUUACGAUGGGACUGUGCUAGCCAGCCACGGCGCUGUGGUGGUGGUCACCAUCAACUAUAGACUGGGAGUGCUAGGAUUUCUGAGCAUGGAAGACCAAUUUGCAUCUGGGAACUAUGGACUUCUGGAUCAGAUCGCAGCUCUUAAUUGGAUCAGUGAAAACAUCAGACACUUCGGUGGGGACCCGACCAGAGUUACUCUUGUAGGGUUUGGUGCUGGGGCGGCGUGUGUCAACUUACUGGCGCUGUCUCCAAAAGCUGCAGGAAAGUUUCGCCGUGCCAUCAUUCAGAGUGGCUCGGCUUUAGGUACCGGUGCUAUCACUGAAGACUCGCGGCACUAUGCGACAAUGCUGGCGGAGAAACUCGACUGUUGCCGACCGGACGCUGCUCAAACAGUACAAUGUCUCCGUAACAAACCUUACCAAGAGCUGCUACUAAAGAACAUGACCCCACCAUCUUCCAGUUACUACGCCAUGUUCGGUCCGUCCGUGGAUGGUGUUGUUGUUCCCGAUCAACCGAGAAGACUACUUGAAGGAGACUUAUUCCGGAGCUAUGACUUCAUGGUUGGGCUGUCAGAAGAGGAUGGAUAUAAGUACAUUCCAAGCAUCGCUGUGAUAGAAAACGGUCUGUCUGAUGAUGACUACAGGAAUCUGAUCAGCGACUUUGUUAACCAGGUAUUUCCAUACAGAGAAAAUGAGAUCCAAGACGCCAUACUGUUUCUGUACACAAACUGGGGAAAUGACACGAAUGACACUAGAAGAGCCGGUGUUGUGCGCAUGCUCACAGAACAACAGAUCGCAGUGCCGAUUGUUGAGGUGGCCAAUCUCCAUUCUACCAAGAACACAGAGAGCUCGACAUACAUGUAUUCUUACAGCUACAAGGCCAUUAAUACACCCAACCCGAAAUGGGUAGGAGCGGUACAUGGGGACGAGCUGCCAUUUAUGUUUGGUGCUCCCGUUGCCCCAAGAGGCAUCUUCCAGCAGCUGAAUUUCACCAAAGGUGAAUCUAUGUUGAGCGUCGCCAUGAUGACAUACUGGAGUAAUUUUGCUAAAACUGGAGAUCCCCAGCAGCCCAGAGUACAAGCCACAACUUUUCUCCACGAAAGACCGAACAGAUUUGAAAGCAUCCAGUGGACACAAUACAGUAUAGACAACUGCAGUAAUUGUCAAGAAACUUACCUGUACUUGGGAAUGAAACCUCGGGUGGUGGAAGGUUUUCGACCGCAGCGCAUCGCUUUCUGGAUUGAGCUUGUUCCAAAGUUACUCUAUCCCCAGGAAGUUCCUAGUAACAACUAUCUUUACCCUCCGGAAGAUGCAGACGAAUUGUGCCAAAUCCUGGAUAUCGGACAGACAAUUCUAACCGGAGGUGGCCUCGCUGUACGCCGUCCAGACGGUUGGACAAAGCCUUCAGUUGGCGUGACAGGCUCAAGCACGACGUGCAUUUCUAUAUUACCUACUUCCGCUUCUCCAAGCCAAUUUCCUGGAAAUACUGUUCCUGGACUUACAGGGGAAUGGCAACCGGAAUCUACCGGCUCUAACGUCAGUAGUCAGGACAAGGGUCAAAAUUACUCUGAACUCAGCAUCGUGAUUGCAGUAGGGACGUCGUUACUGGUUGUUAACGUCAUCGUCUUUGCUGUAUGCUACAAAAGAGGGAGGGCGCGCACGAAAAGGCUUGAGGAGGUUGAAACUCGCGAGAGAAUCAGGUUAAAGGUUACGGACAUGCGGGAGAUGUUAAAGGCCUACGAAAUAGCUGAGAGCUGCGGAGCAAGUCCUUGUCAAACAAUGGAACUCAUCGAGCUGAAAGAUCAGAGAAUAGAAAACUGUGCCAAGCUUCAGGAGAAGAGGGGGUCCGUGACGAAGACUCUUGUAGUAUGAUGUUACUUUGCAUUAUGUGUCGGUAUAUCGAAUUUCGAUAUUUUCAAGUGCAUUGUCAUGCCUGUGGCAUUGUCUUUUCGUGAUGCCUAUUGCAAAAUAUCUGUUACCGAUUGCCAACUUCUGUAAAUAACUUGCUGAAGAAGCUGCUUGUGAAUUUGUAAGAGUGCCAAUCGCGAUUCCGGGUUUAUAUAUAACGUUACUAUACGAAGAGACCUUUUUAUUCCAUUUGUGAAAAGUCUCAGGAAACAUGGGCUCUCCGGGUUUGCUUGUACGGCAUCUUGUGGAGGAUCCACAUUAUAUGUUAUAACCCUUUGGUAGUUUCAUAAUACUUAAUUUUCUGCCAUUAUAAUCUAUCCUGAAGUUUAAGAACAAUACAAAUCUCACACACUGUAGAAGAAUGUCAGUUAUUUUCAAUAUUUAUUUUCGAUUCGAGUGUUCAUCUAGGGUAUUUCAUGGUUAGCACAAUUAAAGAAUCUUACAGCAUUAAAACUGGUGUCCUCUUAAAUAACACCAUGUUAAUUUCUGAACAAGUCAACGGUGUCCUUCAGCAAAGCUGGGCUGUAAAUAACUUUACUAAAC